CAAAGAUAUUUGUUGUCUAUCACUUUCUUCCAAACUGGAAGUUGUAGUCUUUGUGAGCCGAUGCUGUCGGUGCUUCGAUCUCGCACGUGGCCUGUGGUCGCUAUCUCGGUGACGAGAAUGCAGCAUCGCGCUGUAUUCUCAUCAACCUCUUCAACGGCCAAAUCUUGGGGUUUUCGUCGCGUUUGGGACGCGUACGCUUCUCUGUUAGAGACCCACCCUUUGAGCACCAAGAUCGUGACGGGUGGCGCCAUUGCGGGGCUGGGUGACGUCGGGUGUCAGCUCGUGCUGGAAAGCGAAGACGGUGACGCCAAAUUAGAUUUGAAACGCGCCGCCAUCUUCACGUUCUUGGGCGGGUUCUUGAUCUCACCCGCGCUCCACGUGUGGUACGGAUUUCUGGGCUCGAGGCUGCCCGGGGUCUCCACGGCUGCAGUUGCUAAGCGGCUGGCACUGGACCAAUUGGGCUUUGCACCCACGUUCCUGCCGAUUAUCUUGUCGUCGGUGUUGAUGCUCGAGGGACACAGUGAGGAUAUCCCAGACAAGCUGCGCGCCGACUGGUGGUCUGUCACGAAAGCCAAUUGGGUUGUCUGGGUGCCGGCCCAGAUCCUAAACUUUCGCUUCGUGCCUGGAUCGAUGCAGGUGCUCUUCGCCAAUGUGAUUGGGCUGCUUUGGAACGCGUACCUGUCCUACGUGAGCCAUUCUGAAGUCCCCAAGACACUUCUUAACGAGAAGGACGUGGAGAAGGCUGAGUACUAGGAGCAGCACACCCCAUGGGUUUUGAUUUAAAAGCCCCUUUCAAAUAUUGAAAAAAGGAAUAGACUUUCGGUGACCUAACGUUUA